UUCAGACUCGCCCCAAAUUUAAAUUUUAUCUCAGUUCCUCGGAUGCUGUCGCCUCGCUUCACAGAAGUGCACAACGCUCCAUUCCACCCCUCAUCCCCAUUUUUGGCUUCAUUAAUUCACACAGAGAGAGAGAGAGAGAGAGAAGAGAUUUAUAGUAGUGAAGGAUAAUCAUAUAUAAAAUGGGGGAGUGUCAGGAAAUUCCGAAUAAAUUCUUAUCAUUUUCGUCAUCGGAAAAUCGAGAUUCGAUCGGGUCGCUGAAUGACGGAGGGGAACAAGAAUUUUAUGAGAAGAUCGAGGCUCCGAAGUUCGUAGACUUCACUUUGCCCGAUCAUUAUAGCCCCGACGAUCGUUAUUGGUUUUGCCUCCGUGUGGGAUGUGAUCAAAAGCAUGAGGAAGAAAUGGAUUCUGAAGCAAUCUACAACAAUUUUGUUCUUCGGGUGAUGGCAGCCAGGAGUCCCAAUGUAAGGCUUCGGAAAGCACUCGAUAGAAAUGCUUCGAGAACACCUAUCAAAUGCCCACUUUCAGCUCCUCCAAAAUCUUCCAAGCCAAGGCUAUCAAGGAUGGCUGUCAUUUCAUCGAUUUCUAAGAAGAUAACCGAGGACAAGAAAAAGGUCGUUCGACCCCUUAUGAAGCCUGGAUCUACACCGGUGACUAAGACGAAACCAGUUGCUGCUAAGUAUCUUACAACUCCAAGGAACAAAAAGUGCACAUCAGAUCAAACUUCGUUUAGAAGUGUUCAGCAUCCAAAACCUAUCAAUAUUGAAGUGCCAAAGAGUCGAAUAGUGGCAAAGGCUUUGGUUUUUCGCUCUCCAAAGAAAGCCGUAAAGCUAAAGUCAUCUGUUGAACUGCGUACACCCAUCUCAAAAUUAUGCCAAGGGAUGAAUAAGCUUGAGAUUUCAAGUCAGAGAAAGCGUGCCUUGGGCUAUUCUAGCAACUCAUCGAAGAAUUUGAGUAAUAGUUUGUCGAGGAGACAGUUGAGCAGUCAGAAGUUGCAAGCAAAGCCUGAAAAACCACUUCAAACUUUCAAAGGCCAAGAAGCUAAAUCUGGAAUAUCGUUUGGAACUAAGAUCAAAGGACAGUUAUCACAGCAGCAGGAAUCUAAAAAAAUGCUGGGAAGCGAUGAGACACAUAACUUAAAGAAAAAAGAAAGUUGUGAUAUUAAAAAACAGUUAGCCACAAAAGUCGGUGAAGAAUCUUGUCAUGAAGGAGCACUUGAGCAUUCAAACUUGGAUUCGGGCUCAGCAGAUUACUCAAGAAGGGAAGUUAGCUGUUUAGACGUAGAAGGAAGAGAUGAUUCAAGAUCCGAAGCUACAAAAGCUGAGGAGAAUAAUGGGAAUAAAAACAUCACUUCAGAAAGUUGUAUAGAUCAGUUUAACGGCAACAAUUCUUCUGAAGGGGAACGAAGCAGACUUGACUAUGAUGAUGGAGAUGACAAAGAAAACGCUGCAGUCUCUGAUGAGAACAGAAUUCCAAACAACACUCUGAAGCAAAAUGGAAGAAACAUCCUUGGAUUGCACGGGAAAUGUGACCAAGUCGAAAAAAAGGUUAUUACUCAAGCACAGGACAUCUUGAAAGAAGGUUUGUGUGGUAUGGCGACGAAGCUCAAGAAACCAAAGGCCACGAAUCCUAAACCUUUUAGACUAAGAACUGAUGAGAGAGGAAUUCUUAAAGAAGCCGUCUUGGAAAGAAGAGUCGUCGAACCCCCAGCUAGUCGACGUGAAAAUGCAACAGGUGGGAAGUUGCAGCGGAAAAAUGUUCAAAAAGGGAACACGACAGCAGUUUUAAGGACUCCAAAACGGCAGGAGAGAUCGAAAUCAGCAGAAAGUAAAAAAUCUCAAGAGCCGAGUAAUGCGAUGCAAAGGUUGGAGAAGUUUAGGAAACUCACAUCUCCUGUUCCCAAACAACGACAUGGGGUUGAAUCAAGAAAGCAGGAAUUGAUUUCAGUACUGAUUCCUGGUCAAAAGCUGGACGUGAUACACGAAACAUCACCCCAAGAAUUGUCAACUGUGGCGAGGAGGAGGCUCGUCUCACACGUACCAAGGAGUUGAACUUUUACAAUUUUUUUGUUCAAUUCUUUAUUGAAUUAUUAUUUGGUUGUUGCCAAUGUUCAAUUAUGUAUUUAAACGGCGCAGACUUAAUUCUGCUGGAAAGUGUAAACACUAAGUACCGACCAUAUUGGUCAAUUCUGUUUUAUGAUUAUGAAAAGUGUUAUACGAAA